UAUUCUAGAUUGCAUCGAGAACUUUUACUCGGCGAUCAAUUGUUUGCUCAAUUUGUCUAAGCUAAAGAGUUAGUUUGAUGUUAUGCAGUAGAUCUCAACUUUGUCGCUUAAGUGUCUUAACUGUAAUAAACAAUGCGUCGGAGCUACACCUGUUUGUUUCACGAAAUCCGUCAUGUGGAACGAAAGCAGACUGCCCUGAUUGGUCGACAGUUGUCGGAAUGCAGAACGACCGAAGUUACACGUCUAAACGAAGUGCUUCACGCCGCACAGGUUGCAUACGUUGAAGCUACGAAUCAAGGAAGCAAGUCCGGUCGAGGAGUUAAUUCAAGUGGGACAACCCAAAAGUUUCCCAAAAUCGGAUCGGUUCUUUUGAACAACUUAACUGACGAUGAGCGUAACGUAGCGCCUCAGUUUGGAUGCUCGGUUUGUGGAUCAAAGUUACCUCCUAAGGCACUGAGGUGUCUCUUCUGUAAUUACAGAGUGUGUACGAAGUGUUUCAACGAAGACUUGUUGGUGUAUUCUCCUUCCAGCAAGGAGUUGGCUGCCGGGGAUUUCUGGCCGAACCAGUUGAAGAAGAUGAAGGAAACCGACGGAGGUCCUGUCAGAUGGGCGAUUUCUGGGGCAACAGGAUAUCCAGAAUGGGAUCCUGAGUUCUUCGAGUACUUCCCGCUUUGUACAUUGUGCAAAAUAAAACUAGUGUCUGUAAAACGGGAAGAGUUUAAUGAUUUCCAACGUCGAAAGUUUUCUCAGGAGUGCGAGAAGUCUUACAUAUCUUUGGCGAAAGCGAAGCUCAGCGUGACAAUGUGCAUGGAAGAGCUUAGUAGGGUGUUCAAAAGUCAAAGCGCUUCCAAUGGGUCAAUUCUGAAACUUCAGGAAGAGAGUGAAACAAAAAUAACCUUGUUCAAGAAACUACUUGCUGCUGCUAAUGAACUGAAUCCGCAGAAACCUUCCCAGAAAGUGUUGGUCAAAAACUUGACAAACGGUAGCCAAGAGUGGUACCGGAUGACGAAGGAAUCUCUAGACAAUCUGCUUCAGGAUAUCUACAACACGAUUCCUCUGAAGUCGCUCACAGAAAUGCAGACGGUUGUCGAGAAAAUUGCUAUUUGCUCUGCGAUUACUGUUGUGAAAGAAAUCUUUGAAGAAAUUAUGAAGCUUUGUAAAGACUACCAGCUCUCUUUCUCAAUUCUCAACGAAAUCUCGUUGGUUGAAAGUCGUAUGUGGCAUAAUUUGAACAAUCUUGAUGGCCUAGAUGCAGAAGAGUUCAUUUAUCUGAAGCAGAAUCUCGAAGCGCAUGUUACGACAAUGAUUGCUCAAGAAAAGUCAGUCAAGUUUGUGGUUUCGAUUAUGCAGUACGAGAAGGAGGGCAAAAGUUACGUUCUAAGGGUAAUUUUUGAAACGGCUGCGCGUCACUUGUCGCGAGUAAUGAAAGAUCUGACAGCGAAAUGUCGCAAACGAUUCAUCGAGGAAAGUUUGGACGCUAUUUCUAAUUUGGUGACCUCGCACCAUGCUCAAAUGUUUGCUAAACUGGCCAAACCAAGAAGUCUUCAAUCUUCAGUGUCCACUUCGAGUUUGAGCGUAAAUGCGCACAGAGAAAAACUUUCAACAAUUUGACAGAAGGCUCACAUGGUAGUUUAAAGCAAUUAAUAUCUCUCAUUCACGGGACUAGUUUUUUAGCACAUCGGUUUUACGUUUUAAAAUAUUGAGUUUCUUUAAGUGUUCAAAUGCGAAUUACUUGAAAUAAGCAUACG